AUGCAACAGCUCGAUGCGAUUAAUGGAAAGAUAAGGUGUUACCUGGACGGUGUUGGUCCUGCUAAAUGGUCACGAUUCCACAUGCCAACGAAUCGAUAUUCUACAAUGACAUCGAAUAUAGUAGAACAUCGGGAAACUGCGCAAGCCACUUUCACAACCUUGUCAAGCAAGUAUGAGAAGCAAAUAAGGGAAAUGAGCAUGGAUAUAAGAAACUUGAGGGUUGCGCGUAUUAAUCAGACAAUGUUCUCAACCAGCUGUGAAAAUUUAACUUUUGUCGUUGAUAUAGAAGGACGUACAUGCACUUGUAGGAUGCUCCAAGUUGAUCAACUACCGUGUCCACACGCUCUGGCUGUGAUUGCAAGAAAUCGAAAUGAAUGGAUAGUGUCCAAAGACUUCGAGAACAUAGUUGUGUUACCACCUAAUCAAAAGCGAAGUUGCGGAACUCCUAGUGAGAAGAGGUUUAGUUCUGCAGUUGAAAAUAACAUAACUGUCCAAUGCGGUCAUUGCGGUGAAAGUAGUCACAAUUGCAGAACUUGUAGCAGUUUGGUGGGAAUUGGGUAUAGCCUAAAAGAACCUGUGACGUGUGUUGUGACCAUUACAGUGCGAACUAUCACCGGAGGGUUGUUACAUUUACUUCAUAAUAAAUGA